AUGGCCAAACUCACCUCAUCGAUGGGAAACGACAGUCGGACCUGGGAUGUUGUGAAUGGUGAUGGCCACGAUGAGCAGCAUGACGCGACGCCAGCUCACGCCGUGCUGAGGGACGGAGUCCGUCUCUGGCUGCAAAUCGCCGUCGCUCAUGUCCAGCUCCCCGCUUUCCGCACGCAACAACGGGUGGUUCUUCGCUCGCCGUCGCUGGCUCAACUCGCCAGCAGAUCCGUAACCUGCAAAGCAGUCAUCGACUGUUUCAUCCCAUCCGUCAGUCAGUCUGUCACUCGUCCUCUGCUGUCGGGACAAGACAACAAGGCACGCAUGAGAACGAAAAACCCACCAUUCAGGGUUGAAGAAGCGACCAAAACGUCGCCGCAAGCAUCACCUACAGAAAUCAAGAAUCCUACAUGCGAAAAAAUUCAGAAACUCUGGUCAGCCAUUAAACAGCAACUCACUCCGGCGGCAAAUCCAAGGCUAGCGUCGAGAAUUUUCCGCUGA